AUGAAAUUUGUUUGUCUUGUGAUAUUAUUUCUUGGCGUCGUAAGUUCAAAUUCCCAAACAAAAAAGUUUUCUAUAAAAUUUUUUCCAGACAAUGUCUUUGAAAUUUUCAACUGAAAAUCUCACUUUUCCUCCAAUUCUUAACAAAACUAUUGGAGAGCAAAAACAACUUGUGAACUAUUUUGAAGAAUUUGUGAAAACGUGAGUAGAGAAUUUGCAGUAUAUUUUUGGAAACAUUUUUCAGAUAUCAAAAAGAAUAUAAAGAUCAAUCAGAAUUCCAAAAAAGAUUCGAAAUAUUCUUGAAAAAUCAUGAAAAAGUCAAAACUCUCAACUUGGAAGCAAUUGUGAGAGGGGAAAACACAACAUUUUCAAUCAACAAAUUCAGUGAUUUCGAAGCAUCUGAAAACAAGGUUUUUCUAAAAAAAAAAAUAAAAUCUUAAUUGAACUGAAAUUUUCAGGGCGGACAUAUGACUGAAGUUGGGUCGAAUGCAAGAAAUUUGAGCGAUGCGGAAGUCGUUAAACAAAUUGAGAAAAAUUUGGAGCCAUAA